UGAGAGAUGUACGUGGCGCUCUGUGGCGGGCAGCAGCGGGACUUCGAGUGGGACUCGAGGACGCAGGGGCUGGUGCACAGCGCCUUCUUCUACGGCUUCACGGCGAGCCAGGCGCCCGGCGGGUGGUUGGCCGGCCGGGUGGGCGGCUCCAAGCUGUUCGGCCUCGCCAUCGGCGGCGCCUCCCUUCUCUCGCUGAUGACCCCCAGCGUGGCCCGCGCCGGGGUGCGGCCCCUGCUCGCCACCCGCGCCCUGGAGGGACUCGCGGCGGGAGUGGCGCACCCCUCGCUGGACGCGCUGUGGCCGCUGUGGGCGCCGCCGCUGGAGCGCGGGCGACUGGUGUCCUUCGCCGUGGCGGGCUAUGGCGCCGGCAUGGUGGCGGCCCUGCUGCCCUCCGGCUAUGUGGCAGCGCGCUUCGGCUGGCCCUGGGUCUUCUACCUGUCGGGCUCGCUGGGGCUGCUGUGGUCCGUGCUGUGGUGGCUGUGCGCGCGCAGCAGGCCCGGGCUCUGCGGGGGCAUCUCCCCGGAGGAGCUGGCCUACAUCACCGAGUCCCUCGGCCACUCCAGGGGCGCGCCCCAGGUGGUGGCCUACCCGUGGUGCUCCAUAGCCACGUCGGCGCCAGUGUGGGCGGGGGUGGCAGCCAUCUUCGUGGGCAGCUGGAACUACUACACGCUGGCGGCCCAGCUGCCCACCUACAUGCGAGACGUGCUGUGCUUCGACCUGGGCCGGGCCGGUGCGCUGGCGGCGGUGCCCUACAUGGCGGUGGUGCUGGUGGUACCGGCGGCCGGGCGCGGCGCUGAUUGGCUGCUGAUCAGGGGCCUCGGCAUCACCCAGGCGAGCAUCCACCUCUCUCUCUGUAUUUAGGGACCGGAACAAUUCGCAGGUU